CUUGCAUGAUCGUUCAUUCACUAAAGCACAAACAAAAAUAAAUAGUGGGUUUGUUUUUUUCAGUUCAGUAAAUAACUUGAAGUGAAUCGGUCGCUUCUUUUCUAAAACGUGCUUUUUCUUCGUGUUUAUUGUUGAAAAUAAUUUAAACUCUCAAGGAGUCAGUCACCAUGAAGAGUUUAGCUGUGCUUCUGUGUGUGGUGGCCGCCGCCAGCGCCAUAUCCUUCUUCGACCUUGUCCGGGAAGAAUGGACCGCUUUCAAGAUGGAGCACUCAAAGAAGUAUGAUAGUGAAGUAGAAGACAAGUUCCGAAUGAAGAUCUAUGCGGAGAACAAACAUCGCAUUGCCAAGCACAACCAGAAGUUUGAACAAGGGCUUGUGUCGUACAAACUGAAGCAGAACAAGUAUGGAGACAUGCUUCACCAUGAGUUUGUUCACACCAUGAAUGGAUUCAACAAGACUUCCAAACACAAGCUGCUCGGCAGCAAGGGUCACGCCACGCGCGGCGCCAAGUUCAUCUCGCCCGCCAACGUGAAGUUCCCCGACCAGGUGGACUGGAGGAAGAAGGGCGCAGUCACUGAUGUGAAGGAUCAGGGCAAGUGCGGGUCAUGCUGGUCUUUCUCUACUACGGGCGCGCUAGAAGGACAACACUUCCGUCAGACCGGAGUCCUGGUCUCGCUCUCGGAACAGAACCUCAUCGACUGCUCAGCGGCGUAUGGAAACAACGGCUGCAAUGGAGGCCUCAUGGACAACGCCUUCAAAUACAUCAAGGACAAUGGCGGCAUUGACACGGAGAAGAGUUAUCCGUACGAGGCUGUUGAUGACAAGUGCAGGUUCAACCCGAAGAACACUGGCGCUGACGACGUAGGCUUCGUCGACGUCCCCAACGGUGACGAAGAGAAGCUGAUGCAGGCCAUAGCGACCGUGGGCCCCGUGUCGGUCGCUAUUGAUGCCAGCCAGGAGAGCUUCCAGUUCUAUUCGCAGGGGGUGUACUUUGAUGAGAACUGCUCCAGUGAGAACUUGGACCAUGGGGUACUAGUAGUGGGCUACGGCACAGACGAGGACGGCGGCGACUACUGGCUGGUGAAGAACUCGUGGGGCCGCACGUGGGGCGAGCUCGGCUACAUCAAGAUGGCGCGCAACCGCGACAACCACUGCGGCAUCGCGUCCGCCGCCAGCUACCCGCUGGUCUAAACUAUAUUGUCAUGGAGAUUCUGAAGGCGAAGGAUUUAAUUUUAGGAAUGUCAAACUGGCUCUGGACUAUGAGAUUUACGGAAACCGACCGACAAUUUUGCAAUUUGCCACAAAAUAAACUUGAAGUUGAAACGUCGUAGAGUAACAAAGACCUACCGACCGACCUAUUGCCACAAAAUAAACUUGAAGUUGAAACGUCGUAGAGUAACAAAGAACUUUAGGUUUUGACAGCUGUAAAAUUUAAAUUCGGGCCUUCAGAAUCGCUACCGUUGUGGAUGGUAGAAGAUGUUGGUCUGUUUAGGCUGCGUUCCCAGUAGGCAAACUGCUAACUCGUUGAAUACGUCGUGGAGUGUGUAACACAACUAGUAGCGUAGAGUGAGGGUAAAACUAGCAAACUGUGCAGCUUACUCAAUUGACGGUAGAAAGUUUGUCCACUGGAGACGCAGACUUAGGAAAACUUGCGUUUGUAAUGCGAUGGUGUAGAUAAUAAUGAUAUGCCAUCGCAGUGGAAUCUAAAGUUAUCCUAAUUAGGGUUAGGUUUUUUGUGGUAGCAUUUUGAUGAUAAAAAAGCUAUCACUUGUAAAUGAAAGUGGUAAUUUUCAAUGUUCAAUCUUUGUAUUAAAUACUUACGUGAAAGAGAUUGAAAUUUGAAAACUGCUACAAACCAUUUGUUCUAUGGAUGUCGAAUGCCAGAGACAUUUUGAAAAUGCAUGUUUUAGUCGUUUAAUUUUACAGAAGGCAUUCUACAUCCAUAGUUAAACAAUCCAUAAACAUAAAAAUGCGCAGAUAAGUGCUAGUAAAUUUGCUUAAUUCGCAUUGCAUUCCAUCACAGCAUUGUACCUUAUGUAACUAUACCUUAAAUGUAUGUUUGUAAGUGUCAUUUAUUUUUAAGUUUAGUAAGAAAAAAAUGUUUAAAUGCAUAAAAAGACUGUCCUCAUGACACCUUUAUUUUGUAAAUUUUACGAAAGUGUAACAAUUUUGAAAGUAUUUCAUUUAAGGUUUCCGGCUUUAAAUAUGUUCGUCCUCAUUAUUAUUGUUAUGGCUCCGUUUUAUACUCAUGUGAUAUAUAGAAUUAUGUUUGCGUGAUGUGUUAGAUAAUAAUAACUAAGAAUAAAAUAUGUUUUAUGUA